GCGCACCCCUUUUUCUCCUCGUGCUCCACCUCGCCGGCGGCUCCCGCUACAACGCGAGUACCCUGAACCCUAACCCUAAAUUAGGGGGCGAGAAGGCAUCGAACCAGCUAGUUGCGGCAGCGGCAGCGUUCGCAGCGAUGGCGGCGAAGCGGGAGCUCUCGAGCACCCUCAAGAGUCUAAAGUUCAUGCAACGGGGCGCGGCUGCGCAGAAGGUCGAGGAGAAGGCCAAGGUGGAGGCGCAGGAGGAGGUGGUGAUGGCAGCGAGUGGAGGCGUUGGCUCGUCGGCUCAAGUCGCUAGGAAGUGCAUAGUUAUCAUGGAGGGUAAUCCACAUCCAGGAGCCGUAAAGGGUCGAAUGUCAUUCCAAAAUUUCAAUCCAUCUAUCGAUAAAUUAAAUGAAGAGGCAAGUGGUGACCGCCAAACAGAAUCAGCUUCACCUAGUAAUUAUCAUCAAGGCAGUGCAAACUCCAGCAGAGGGGAUGAAGUACCAGCAUCAAGGUUUAGAGGCUCCAACAUUGAUAGUUCAGAAAGCAUAUCUCUGAAUGAACUAAAGAGGAAACAGCCUGAACUUGAGAUGGAAACACCACCAUCUCAUAAGCCACCAAAGACCACAGGUCGAAAUGUUGAUGGUGGGUCGUCUUCACAAAGCACCGGUCGUGGAUCUCACAAGUCGAACAAGCGUGAAAAGCUUGACUAUAAUCUUCUGAGGCCAAAUAAAUCAGGAUGAGUUUCAAGUUACCAUAACCAUGACUAGCUCUUGUACUCCGUUUGUAGUUGUACCCGAUUGGCCAUUUGCCCUGUUUUGUGGAUUAUAUCUAGAGAGCUGGUAACCAUGCGGUGGUGCAUGCCUGUUCUUAACUUAGUGAGAUACUGAGAUGUCGACCAUUAUCUUUCUCUUGGUGUGUUGUUUACUUCAUUACUCUGCUGUAUGGUUAUCUCCAACAGAUACUUUAAAAUUUUAUCACUUAUAAUACUAU